AUGGCGACUGUUGGAAAAACCUUAGCAGCAAUUCUGCUUUGCUGUUUGGUAGCAACUGCGACAUCGUAUAAGAGAAAUACUUUGGUUAACAGGCACCAUUCACACGAUCAUAGCUGGGAUUAUCUAUUAUUUGUAAGAGAAUGGCCAGCUGUAGCAUGUAUGUCUCCGGAUGCUCAGAGACAUGACUGCUCUGUGCCGAACGUGGUUCAUAAUUGGACAAUCCAUGGAUUAUGGCCGACUAAGGAACACACUGAAGGCCCUAAUUACUGUAAUGAUGACGAUAAAUUCGAUGUUAAUAAAAUAAAGAGUCUAAUCCCUAUGCUUGAUCGAUUUUGGCCGAAUUUAUACAGUGAUGAAAGUCCUUCGUCAUUUUGGAAACACGAAUGGACUAAGCAUGGUACCUGUGCCAUGAGUCUAGCAGCAUUGGGAGAUGAAUUAAAAUUCUUUUCGACAACACUGAAGCUCAACAAGAAGUUUAAUAUUGAUAGUGCACUUUAUGAUGCAAACAUUGUUCCAUCAGACAACCGGCAAUACAUGUUGAGUGACAUUAAACAAGCCAUCGGGCAACAGUACAAUACUGAACCAAUUGUGGACUGCUUACAAGGUGAUAAUGGCCAGUAUCUCUUCGACAUACGCAUUUGCAUAGAUAAGGAAUUUCAGGCGCGUUCAUGUGAUGGAGGUAGCAGCCAUGAGUGUGAUGACAGCCAACCGAUUAGGUUUCCACCGAUUCAUAAUGGCACAGCUAAAUUUAUAAAAGGUUUACAUUAAUAUAGAUUUCCAUUCGUAAGUGGCAAGGAUAUACUUUAGCAAAACGAACUUUUAGGCAGAUGAUUAAACUAAUGACCUGGAAAGUUAAAUGCCACUCCAGAUUAUAGUCGGCUUUCUCCAUUUUAGCUUGGGAAUCCUGUAUUUUGAUAAUGUAACUAAAGCUUUUUAGAAAUUAAGAAAGAUAUCAAUCUGAUACCUUCAACGUACAGUACUUGAACCUUGACUUAAUUGUAAUUCUUCACUCUUGACUUUAACGGCCUAAAUUUUAUCUGCCAGUUUAUGAUAUUAUAUUGGUAGAACAACUUUAUCACUCCAAAAAAAGUAUUUCAGCUAUUGAGUCCUAGAAAUUUGAACUAGUUUUAAAAUAAUUCAACAUAACGAAAUUUGCAUGCUGCUGUUCGUAUAAGUGAUUCAAUAAUAAAUUGUAUUUUUAUAAUGAUAAUUAAUAAAAAUUGCUAUCG